AUGAUUGAAGAGAAAGAAAUGGUCAUGGUUUCACCAACUGGUGGAGACCCAUUCCGCAAAAAUGCCUAUUUUCUCAAACCCAUUCUCCCUGAUUCCUCCAUUUAUGAACCUCCUUUCAAUCUCCCUCACUGUUUUUCCUCCCUCGCACCCCGUUUUGACCCAAAAAAGCUAGAGCUUCAAGUCCUUGGAUGGCGUUCCGACCACCAAGAUUUGCAGAGUUGGUUUCUCCACUUGGCUUCUAAGCACCAAUCUACAUGGAAGAAAGCUGGUGUCUUUGAAGCCAUCUUCAAUUCCACGUACCAAAUCAAAAGGAAAAAGGAUUUGGUUUGUGGGUUUGCAGAGAAAUGGUGUUGUGAGACCAACACCUUCAUCUUUCCAUGGGGUGAAGCAACUAUCACAUUGGAGGAUGUUAUGGUUUUGGGAGGCUUUUCGGUUUUGGGAGACUCCAUUUUAAGUCCUAUUGAAAGCAGAGAACUGAAAGAAAUAGAAGACAGACUUGAGGAAGAGAGAUUUGGACUUUACAAUCGCGAGGGUGGGAUUAGAGUUGCUAACACAUACCUAUGGACGAAGAAGUUCAUGAAGAGUGGGAGCGAAUUAGAGCACGAAGCAUUCCUUGUGUUCUGGCUUUCCAGGUAUGUUUUCCAUAAUUCUCUCAAUGCAGUCAAUAAGGCUGUUUUCUCCAUUGCAAUUCGUCUAGCUAGGGGGAUUCGAGUUGCGCUUGCACCAGCUAUUCUUUCUCACAUUUAUAGAGAUUUGGGUCUACUCAAAAGGACAAUUGCAUCUUCAGAUGAAUUAAAUGCCAAGAAUGCUUUUGUAAAACUCAUAAUCAAGUCACAGUUUCAAUUAGUUCAGAUUUGGGCUUGGGAACGAUUUCUGGAACUUAGGCCAAAGCCCAAAGUUAUAUGUUAUGGUGAGCCGAGAUUGGCUCGAUGGGAUAAAGUAGACUGUCUGAAUGUUGGAGAUAUGAGGAGGGUUUUAGACUCAGCAGGUGAAGGUUUCAUGUGGCGCCCUUAUGCCAUGGUCAUUAAGAACUGGAAUUUUCCUAAAUACUAUGUUGAAAAGGAAGAGUGGGUUUUGGUUGGUGCAGGCUUGGAUGAUGAACUAUUGUCAUUUGCCAUGUGCUUGAGGGUGGCUGAGUUAGUUGGAUUUGAUACUAUACAGCACUACCUUCCACAUAGAGUAGCUCGGCAAUUUGGAUUUGAUCAAGACCUUCCGUGUUCUGUUCCUGGACAUAUCCAAAAUUAUGACAACGCGAAAUUGUAUAUUCUGUCCAGGCUUUCUGAGGCAGAUGUUAGCAUUAGAUACUUAAAUUGGUGGAAGGAAUCAGUUUCAGGCCUCGAACAGAGACAUAUGCCAUCAAAAAAGAAAGUUAAGAAAUCUGUAGACUUGAUAAAUGAUGCCACCAUUCCUUGUAUUUGUUCUCCAAAGAAUUCAGAAGAACUUGUGCAGGUUUCUGCAGGAAGGAAUGAGGGUGAAUAUUCUUUUGGUCCUCCAGGAUUUUCUCUCAAAAGGAAUAGAAUGGAAGCUGGAGAUCCUAUAGACGAAGAUGAUCUAACUAUAUCAGAGGCUUUGAAACUUGGGAAGAAGCUUAAAACUGUUGAAACUAGAAAAAGUACUGACAGUGCAAAGUUAUCAAGUCCCGAUCAAAUCUUUGCAUCUUCAUCUGCAGAUGAAAGUUCUAUGAAUAUUAUGAAGUCAAAAAUACUGGAGAAAGAAGUUGUGUUGAGUAGUGAAGUGGUGUCUUGGGGAAGUAAAGGUCAGAGGAAACUGGACAAGGUAAUCAUGAGUAAGGAAAGAAGUCCAAGUAAUGACAUGGUGAGCAUCGUCGGCAGCAAAUGUCCUAGCAGCUUGUCUUUAUCUGAUAAAUUGGAAUGUGGUUGCAGCAUGUCGUUAUUUGAGAAACGGGAAUGUGCUAGCAGCAGUUCAUUAUUUGAGAAACAAGAAUGUACUAGCAGCGGCUCUUUAUUUGCAAAACUGGAAUGUGCUAGCAUCAACCCUUCAAUUGCAGAUGAAGGUACUUAUGUUAAUACUAAGAAGUCUGAAAGAUUGGAGAAAGGGGUUCCAUUGAUUAAAGCUUUGAUCUGGGGAGGUAAGGGUAAGAGGAAAAUGAAAAAUGUAAUGAGAAGCAAUGCAAGAAGCAGCUCCUUAUUUGAGAAAUGGGAAGAUGGCAGCAGCAGCAUGACUUCAUAUGAAAAACGUGUUUCAGAGCUUAAAGCUAAGGUUUACAGGCUUGAAAAGGUGGUUCAGGUGUUGAAAGCAAAUACUUUUGGGAAGAGUUGA